UCGAUGAAAUUAAACAGGAAGCCGAAACCGAGAGGGAGAUUUAUAUCAUAUAUAUGCCGUCCUCUCUCUUUUUCUCUCUCUCUCUACAACCACCCGCCCCUUCUUCCUCGCCCGGUUAAACAAACCUUUCUCCUUCCCUCUCUCUUGCUGCCCCCCUUUUCUUCUCCUGUUACGCCUGGUUCUGCGAAGCCUUCUUUUCCUCUGCCUCUGGGUCUCAUUUGGGUGGCUUUUUGUUGGUGGGGAGGCUAAAGAUGGCAGACUGGGGUCCGGUGAUAAUAGCAACAGUGCUGUUUGUGUUGCUGACUCCGGGCUUGCUGUUUCAGUUGCCCGGCCGGAACAGAGUGGUGGAGUUCGCAAGCCUGCACACCAGUGGGCUCUCCAUCUUGAUUCACUCCAUCAUCUACUUUGGGCUAGUCACCAUAUUCCUGGUAGCCAUCGGGGUUCAUAUCUACACAGGAUAGAAGCACCAGGAAGCAUGAAGCAGAGUCUCGUUUCUUGAUCUUUCUUUUGUGAACUGUUGUUUCUCUGUUCUUGUCUCCGUUCCUCCUGUCUACCUCUUUCUGUGACUUAUAUUCUGGGUCCUGUGGUGUGCCGUGAUGUUCUUACCGAUUCUGUGACAUUUGGUUAAAUGUUAUAAGGAUGCUUUAGCGGUGUUUA